GCGAGCGCCGCCAUCAUGCAUGUUGCUGUUUAUGCUUUCUACAAGCGAUGGCAUGUUGACCGGCGCUGCCUGAUCUAAAUUCCUCUCUUCCCAGUGCAAUUUCAACUUGAGGCCGAAAAUGGCUGUGGUCAUCGAAACAACCCUCGGCGACAUAACCGUGGACUUGUACAUCAAAGACCGACCGAAAACUUGUCUCAACUUUCUGAAGCUUUGCAAAAUAAAAUACUACAAUUUCAACUUAUUCUUCCACGUGCAACCGAAUUUCAUUGCUCAAACUGGUGACGCCACCGGCUCGGGAAAAGACGGCGCUUCUAUUUUUAGCUUCCUGUUUGGCAGCAAUGCCAAGUAUUAUGCUGGCGAGCAGUUGCCCAAAAUCAAACACACUCGAGCUGGACUCAUCUCGAUGGUCAACUGCGGAGACAACCUGUUCGGCAGCCAGUUUUUCUUCACCCUAGGAUCUGACUUGAACUACCUCGAUGAAGAACACCUGGUUUUCGGCGAAGUUACAGAGGGUUUGGACGUUCUGAUCAAACUCAAUGAAACCAUCUGUGAUGACGAGCACAGGCCUUACCAGGACAUUCGAAUCACGCACACUGUGGUGCUUGAAGACCCCUUCGAAGAUCCGUCUGGGCUUCCAGUGCCUGAAAGAUCGCCCUCGCCAACACCUGAUCGUUUGCAAAACGGACGCAUUGCUCCUGAUGAAGCGAUCGACGAAAUGGAAGGAAAAACCAUGGAGGAGGUCGAGGAAAUGGUCAAGGAGAAAGAGGCGGCUGCGAGGGCAACAAUUCUUGAGAUUGUCGGUGACUUGCCAGACGCUGACAUGGCACCUCCGGAAAAUGUCCUAUUCAUUUGCAAACUGAAUCCUGUAACCACUGACGAGGACUUGGAAAUCAUUUUCAGUCGUUUCGGCAAAAUUAACUGCUGUGAGAUUAUCAGAGACAAAGUGACUGGUGACUCGCUCCAAUACGCUUUCAUCGAGUUUGCUGAGCAGAAGUCGUGUGAAGAUGCGUUUUUUAAAAUGGACAAUGUUCUUAUUGACGACAGACGAAUUCACGUUGACUUCAGCCAGAGUGUUGCCAAACUUAAGUGGAAAGGAAAAGGUCGAGGUGUUGAGCACCUAGGUGAGGGUAAAUUUAACUUCAAUGACAAGAGGCGGAAUGGACAAGACCAACGUCCCCGUCCAGAUGGAAAAUCCAGGAGUCCCGUUCGAGAUGGAAAAUUUGUUCCAAAGCGGGAUGAUCGGAGGAGACCUGACGACAGGAAUCGAAGAAGCAGGAGUCGAGAUCUGCAGAAUAAACGGCCAAGUUUUGGCAGCAAUGAAAGAUUCCGAAGGAGGAGCAGAAGUGUUGAAGAUAGGAGGCGGGACAGAGGAGGCAGAUCUCAGAGGAACCGUAGUCGAAGCAGAGAAAGGUUACGGAGUCGGAGCAGGGAACGGAGGCCGAGGAGUCGCAGCCGAGACAGACCAAUCAGUUUGAAGAGCAGAAGUCCUGCAGGAAGAAAAAGAAGUCGGAGCCCGUUUAGGGGGAAAGUCAGCAGGAGUCCCAUCCGGAGAAGGUCUAGGAGUCCAGUGAGGAGGAGAAGCAGGAGUCCCGUCCAAAAAGUAAGCAGGAGCCCGGCGAGGAGAAAAAGCAAGAGCCCUGUUGUUCGAAGGCAGACCAAGAGUCCCGUCAGGAGAAGGAGUGUCGAGAAAAAAGAGAGAAAAGAUGACAGCGUGGAAAGGAAAGCAAAAGAGGCCGAGAGGAAGAAAAGUGAGGAGAAAAGGGAGAAACGUGAAGCGCCUGGUCAAAGUUCCACCAGCAAAAGUGCCAAAUCUGAACCGGAUCGAAAUAGAAAAGCAAAAGUGUCCGAGAGUGGAAGUGAUUUGGGAAGUGAAAGGAACAAGUCGAACAGCCAAAACGGCAAACCCAGUGCUUCACUUAAAGUUGUGUCGGAAAAGAAAUCCAGUGAAUCAAAGAAGGAAAAGCGAAAGGACGUAAAAGUCGAACACAAAAAAUCUGAUUCUGACAGGGCUGCUCCAAAGAAGGCUGAGGAAUCAUCAAAGGAUGCCAUAAAAGCUACAGAAGCUAAGGAUAAAAAGGAGAAAGAGAAGAGCCAGAAGAAAAAGCACAGGGUCAGCUCAACAGAAUCCAAAAAAGACAAACCUGCAAGUUCUAAAGACAAGAAAAAGAAGCGGAAACGGCGAGACAGCUCGAGUGAAAGUUCGGACAGCAGUUCCUCGGACAGUUCAAGUUCUUCCGAUUCUGAGCCGCCCAAGAAGAAGAAAAAGGCGAGGGUUGUGAAGAAAAAGAAAGUGGUGAAGAAGAGAAAGAAGGAGAGCAGCAGUUCGUCCUCUUCGUCUUCAGAUAGUUCCUCAGAGUCGUCCGACAGCGAGCCGGCCAAGAAGAAGAAAAAGAAGGCAACAAAGAAGAAAAAAGUGCAAACUUCCAGUUCGGAAACUUCGAGCAGUAGCAGCAGCAGUAGUGAUUCGGAGCCUGCGAAGAAGGGCAAGUGCAAAACUAAAAAGAAGCCUUCCAAGGAGACUGCCAAGAAAUCAAAGGAGCCCGCCAAGGAAAAAGGCAAGGAGAGCAUUGAGAAAAGCAAAGGUGCUGAAAAAAGUAAAAUUGUCGAGAAAAGUAAAACCGUCGAGAAAAGCAAGAGCCACGAAAAAUCCUCGGAUAGCAAAAGACCUGCCGAGGUAAAGAAAGUAGCCGAUGCUGGCAAGAGGCGCAGGCAUUCUUAUAAUACUUCUGAAUAAUUGGAGACAUUACUGGAUGUUGCAUUUUUUGUACUUAAAAUGGUAAUGAAUGAAUUGUCCAAAAAGAAAUGUAUUUGUUAAAGAAAGAUGUAAACAAGAUCUUUUUCAAUAAAACUAGGGAAGAUUUUCCCUUUAAUAUUUCAA